AUGGGGAAGGGGCUCGGAGGGACCUCGCUCGUCCCCCACCUCGAAGCGGGGCGAGAGCGUGAGGGUCUGUGCCCUGUCCCACAGGUGCUGGAGCAGCUGCAGCCCGGCACGCUGGGCACUAUGCUGGUGGUUGCACUGAAAGAGGAGGAGAGCGCGAGGAAGAAGUAUGUCAUGAAGCAGGUUGAAUGCAUUGAAGAAAAGCAAGCAAACAAGGCCUUGAAGGAGGCAAUGGAUUUGCUGAAACUUCAGCAUCCAAACAUCUGUGCUUACAAGGAAUUGUUUGUGACAUGGGAUAAUAAGAUAUCAUCUCUGUUCCUUUGUCUGGUAAUGCAACACGCCGGCCAAGGAGAUCUUUCAUCUCUGAUCAAGGAAAAAAGGCAGAAGUCAGAGAAAAUAAGAGACAAGGUGAUUCUGCAGUUCCUGGGGCAGAUGGUGGAUGCUUUGUUUUAUAUACACGAGCAAAACAUUAUUCACAGAAAUCUCAAACCAUCGAACGUUCUUGUGAUUGAUGAAGUAUCCUUCAUGCUUUCUGACUUCAGUACAGAAGCACUUAUGACUGAUGAAAUGAAAUGGAAAAUAAGAGUGGAAGAAGAUAGCAAGUCUUGGAUGGCUCCAGAAACACUCAGUUUUUCUUUUAGUGAGAAAUCUGACAUCUGGUCCCUAGGUUGUAUUCUACUUGACAUGAUGACCUGCUGUGUUCUGAACACAGAAGAGAUAACUUCAUUACUGCAGGAUAUUAGACAGGAUACCAGCCGUCUUGAGGGACUUCUGACAUUAAUGCAAAAUGGAGAUAGCAGCAUUCUGCCUUUAUUCACUCUUUUAUUUAUGAUGCUACAUAUUGAGCCCAGCAUGAGACCCACUGCAAAGGCUCUGACUGAUUUUCCGCUUAUUAAGGAAUACCUGACUGAUGCUGGCUCCUUUCUAAUAAAACCAAAAGAGCCUCUGCCUCUGAAAAUAGUAGACGUGCUCCUUGAGGGAGGAAUUGGCAGUGUUCUAGCUUUACCCUGCCUGCUGGCAUGCACAGGACUGAUCACUUCUGCCAUGAAGACUCACAUAGAUUCUCUCGAGUUACAGAGAGAUGGCUGCAGAUUAUUGCUUGAAAUUCUUAGUCAAGCUCUAGAACGUAAUCUGGAUGUGGAAGGAAGCUUGGAUGACAGUGUGAUUAACUCUUUGCUAGAAACAGUGAGAAAAUACUCUGAAAAUGAAGAGUUGCUUUCACUGGUCUGCACGCUAUUGAUGAUGAUUUCAUCCAGUG